GGCCUGGUGGGGAUGGGUCGAGCCUGCGGCGGGGAUGGUAGACCGAGCUGCGGCCGAGGAGCGGGGCCGGGGCAGGCUCCGGCUGUUGGCGGCCGAUAUUCAGGCCGCGCUUCGCUCCGGGGUAGCGGUACCCUCCCUGGCCCGGUGCCUCGAGGAGCUGCUCCUCAACAGCCUGGAGGCCGGCUGCGGCUGCGCGGCCGCUCGCGUGAACGCGCAGGCUGGGCGCGUGCAGGUGGCGGAUAACGGGGCGGGGCUGGAGCGCGCGGCCCUGGAGCUGGCGGGCACGCGCUACUGCAGUGGGGACCCUGGGGCUGGGGGUGAGAGAGACCCUGGGGGUGGUGGAGACCCUGGGGCUGGGGGUGAGAGAGAACCUGGGGGUGGGGGAGACCCUGGGGGUGGGGGUGGCGAAGGCGAAGGCCCUGGGAAUAGGGGUUGGACAUGUCCCAGGGGAGACAAAGGUAGAGACCCUGGGGGAGAGAAUGACAGUAAUCCCAAGCACCUUGAGCUGCCUGGUCCAGGGGGCCGCGGUGAGGCCCUGGCCAGCAUUGCUCACUUGUCAGGGCUGCUGGAGAUAGUGAGCAGGCCGCAGGGUUCCAGCGGGACCUGGGUAAAACUAUUCCGCAAUGGCCACGCCCGACCAGUUUAUAAGGCUGAGAUGGGGAGGCCAAGUCCUGGAACCACCGUCACUGUCUGCAACCUCUUUUACCAGUUGCCAGUGAGGCAACGCCGCCUUGGUCAGCCCAUGGAGUGGGAGCAGAUCCGCUGUCGAGUACAGGCUCUGAGCUUUCUCUAUCCUGGUGUCUCAUUCACUGUACGUGAUGAAGCCUCCUCUGCGGUUGGAGGCUCAUUGGUGGUGAGGCUUCCCAAAGUCAGUAGCCUUCAGGCCCGUUUUGCUCAGAUCCAUGGCCCUCAGCAGGCAGCAACACUGGGCUGCAUCCAGCACUCAUCCAAUGGGUUCCAGCUGAGUGGCUUCAUCAGUCGCCAGGGCCACCACAACAAAGCCCAGCGACUGAUAUUUGUCAACCGGCGACUGGUGCUUAAAACCCGUAUCCAUAAGGAGCUGGACUCACUGCUGAGGCGACGCAGCUUAAUCUGUCGGCCCGAACCUGGCACUGGGCCCCGGGGAGGCUCCCAUCUUCAUCCUGUCUAUAUCAUCAACAUCAAUUGUGACCGUAGCCAGUAUGAUGCCUGCUGGGAGACAAACAGGACCUUGCUAGAGUUCACUGACUGGAACCAGCUGCUGAGUUUGCUGGAGGAGGGGGUUCAGGCUUUCUUGCGACAGGAACAGUUACUGGUUGACCCCGUAGAGGAGCAGAUUCCUGAUCCACAGGCUAUUGCUAGCUUAGAUUUCAGGUUCUCACAUGAAAGAGUAGCAGUGCUGUCCAAAUCAGUUCAUCGGCAGGUAGUGGUUCCAGGCAAUCCAAAGUUGGAGACAGGUUCUGAACCCUGUCAAGGGCAAGUCUGUAAUGACACCAAAGAUCUAGCCUUGCAUGCUCAAACAGGCACACUUGACAAGCCUCCAUUGGAAAAGGAGGGAAGCAUUUUCCUCAGGAACCUGAGUACAUCUAAAAGCUCUCUGACACAACCAACAGAGCAGGUACAGUCUAGCACAGCUCUUUGCCAACUCACAGCUGUCGAUGAGAGUACGAUCUUGUCAGUCAUUGAAAGCCCCUCACAAGUGGAGAAGCUAGCAGAGACAGGCAUAAGAAAGCAGGUAGGGGAAUCACAGGGGGAGCAGGUGAGAGACUCGCGGAGGGAGCAGGUGGGAGAAUCGCAGGAAAGGCAGGCACAAGGGGAGUCUCAGGGGCAGCAAGUAGGAGAUGGGAAGAAGUUGGGGGAGUCACGAAGGGAGCAGGCAGGAGAGCGGGAGCAGAUGGGGGAGUCACAGGAGGAACAGGCUGAAGCAUCACAGGGGAAUCGGUGGGCAGAGGGGCUGCACUGGGAACAGGAACUUGAGGUGAAAUGGCAGAAGGACGAGGUGCUUGGGGGAAAGAAGAUUGUGAAACUGGGUAUGACCGGUCUGAUAACCCACAUUGUCCCUGGAAAAACGAUAGAUGUAGGCACUUUAAGUGAUAACUCUUCAGACAGGGAUCAUGUCUGUCGUCCCGGCCCAAUGAGUGCUUGGGAGAUUCUGAAUGAAAAGAUGAGAAAGGGAGAUGGACAGCUCAUGCCUGAUGACCAAGCGCUUUCAAAUAUAUCUCAGAAAAAUGGGAGAGAUAUUCCCCAGGGUUCUGUAACUGCCUGUCAGAAAAUUCCGAAUACUCAUCAGUCUCAUUGUACAUCUGGAAGCUUUGCUGAAUCAAUGACAAUCUCUCAGAAGAUGAACUUACCACAAUGUCGCUCCAGUUUGGAGAACAGAAAUCCUGCCAACUGUAAGCCUGUAUGUUGUCAGGCAAGAUUUCACAGGAAGCUGGGCAUGUCCCUAAUAACUGGAUCUUUGGAUGUAUUUCGGAGAAACUAUGGUAAAAUCAGUGAUGAUCAGGAUGCUGGAGGCCCUUCUCAAGAUAGUGUGACUGUUCAGGACUGUACUGGUGAAGCAACCGAGAGGCCAUCACGAUCUAAUGUGACUGUAAUCCUGGGAACAGAGAAGCUGCACCAGAAUACAGGUAUUGGGUAUGCUGAUUCUGUAACUAGUCACCAGAGUGAGAGUUUGCAGUUUGAUCAAUGUGAUUGCAGUAGUCUUUUAAGGAAUUUGUAUUCAGAUGGAACUUUCCCAGUUGCUGAUUGUGUGGCCAGGGCACAUUCUACCCCAAUUGCAACGCCUGGUUAUUCACAAGCCAAGCAAACCUCUCCAGCUAGCAAGGAGCCUCGAAGAACCCUCGCUACAAAAUUGUCCAAGUUAAAGGAUCUUAAAGGACAGCCUGCUGAAGAUAAAAGUGCAGAGUCCAAAGUAGGAAGUUCCAUAGGUACUUGCCAACCUUGUGAGAGUUUCAAGGACCUUCAGCCAGAACAGCGGUGUGCAAAACCUCCAACUCUGCUCCAAAAACACUCAGCUGCUCAGGUGAGCUCUGAACAUUCUCCUGUUCCAGAGAGGAGAGUGACUGAGGCAGACUGGCAGGAAGAUAGCAAUACUGCAACAAGUGAAAGAGUCCAAUUCCUGAGUAACAGCACAUCUUGUGUUGUUAAGUUGCCAUGUCCUGCAGUUGAUGAAACAGAUGUUCACUCUGAUCUACAGGUUGGAGAUCAGUCUCAAGAUGACAGAACUGGUGCUGUAAACUUGAGCCCAUUUACAGAGGAUUUUGUCUUAAUGCAGAAAAUGUCAGAGCCAGUUUAUAUUCAAACUAAAUCAAUAGAUGCUGAACAAUUUCUGGCAAGUUGUGUAGAGGACUCUAAAGGUCAAAGUGAUCCAUUGAAACGUUUCCCUUCGGACUGGUUGCAAUACUUUGAUGGAUCCCUUGGGAAAAUGGUGUAUGUAAACAGCAUGACUGGGCUGAGUAGCUAUGAUGUCCCACCAGAUGUCCAGACAGAAGCUGCUUGUGUAAGAGACUUCACAACAAUGCCAGUUAAUGUUCUCACUAAGACGGGUUUCCAAUACCAGUGUUACCCAUUCCGCAGUCAUAGUCUUAUCCCUUUCCUGCCACGGCCACAUGAAGAGAGACAGAAAGACAAAAGCGCUACCCAGUCGGGAUCAAAUGAUUCUCUGCGCUCACUGUUUCGAGAGUGGACAAAUCCAGUCUUUCCUCGCCCUCCAGAGGUUGCUGUCGAUGUUAGCAAUGAUCAGGCUGGAAGUUUGGCAGUGAAGAUUCACAACAUCCUAUACCCUUAUCGCUUCACCAAAGAUAUGAUCGGCUCAUUGCAGGUUCUUAACCAGGUGGACAACAAGUUCAUUGCCUGUUUGAUAGAAACAAGGACCAACAAAAAAGCACCAACAGAUUGCUAUGAGAGGAUACCGGAUGCUGCUGGUCAGAGGAGGCUAUGUAGCUCAAUAGUAUGUCCCCCGAUGGAGAUCAGUUGUACCCAGGAUGAAAUUAGGCUUUUACGGUUGUACAGGAAGCACCUGGAGACUGCUGGGUUGCAGGUAGAGUUUCGUGAUGCCGAGAAUCCUGUGAUACUGAUCAAAAAGGUGCCAGCCUGCUUUAUAGAAAAAGAAGCCAAUGAAGUUCGUAGAGGACGGCAUUCGGUCACUCAGACCAUCCUGAAGGAGUUCCUUCAGGAACAGAUUGAGAUGUUUCAGUCAACAGGAGGAUUCCAAGGUGUGCUGUCACGGACAGUGCUGAAGGUGCUGUCCUCACAGGCCUGUCGUGGUGCUGUGAAAUUCGGUGAUGGACUCAAUGUGGAAGAAUGUAGAAGCCUGAUGGACUCGCUGGCUGGCUGCGACCUGCCCUUUCAGUGUGCUCAUGGAAGACCAUCCAUACUACCCCUGGUAGAUCUGGAUCAUCUAGGGAUGGAAAAAGAGGUUCAUCACAGACCAAAUUUACAGAAACUGCACCAGUUGUGUGAAGCCCGGUUCAACAGUGGAAGUAUUUAAUUGGCUGUGGCAACAGUCCAGACGUCUGAGGGUGGAAUUUUUACCUGAAGCUCUUUGUAAUGACCAAUGCUUGCACCAUCACUUAAUCAUUGCCUCCAGUUUCCUGGUGGUACCUGAUGUGAAAUGGAUAAAGUGCUGUCUCCUCACAGUUGGCACUAUGCAUCUUCUGCCUGAUAGACUGUAUGGGAAGGAACAGUGUAGUCCAUAUGGGCAUUUAACAUCAGGCUUUGCCAUCUGCAAAAGCAUGAACUAUGGCCACUCACACUUUCAAUGGUACUUAGGAGCAGGACUCCGCUUUGUGCCCAGGAACUGUCAGCUGCUGUCACAGCAAGCCAUUGUUUUAUGCACGUUCCAUUAUUACUACUUAUUUAUUGAAUAAAUAGUUUGUUAAUAUAAA